UGCAAAUAGUUUCAUCGGAGAGAAAGGUGGUUUCCGGCUGAGAGCGAAAAGAAGGAGCGUGAGGUGGAAGAGGGUUCUGGAGAUCGACCUCUAUUCCUCUCUUCUUCUUUGGGUCGGCCGGACAGCUGCAGCCAACGGUAUACAUUGGAUUUGGAGGCCGGCGGGAAGAUCAUUUAGAGGUGGCUGACGGGAUGAGCUUGGAGAAAGGCCAAAUGAAGAGUGAUGAUCCCGCGAACAUGCGUAUUGGUUGAGAACAAGAUUCGAUUGAUGGUUAUGCUCGCAUUUCUUCUCGAAGAUGCAGACGCCUCGAGCAGAACCGGACAUGCAGCAGAUCUUGUUUGAGGCGAAAAACCGAUGGCUUCGUCCUGGUGAGAUAUGCGAGAUCCUUCACAAUUACCAUAAUUUCAACAUUACCCCAGACCCACCAUAUUUGCCUUCUGGUGGUUCUUUAUAUUUAUUUGAUCGGAAGGCACUCCGUUAUUUUCGUAAAGAUGGCCAUCAUUGGAGGAAAAAGAAAGAUGGUAAAACUGUUCGUGAAGCCCAUGAAAAAUUGAAGGCUGGCAGUGUAGAUGUUCUUCAUUGUUAUUAUGCUCAUGGUGAGGACAAUGAAAACUUCCAAAGAAGAUGCUACUGGCUACUUGAUGGGAAGUACGAGCACAUUGUUCUUGUCCAUUAUAGAGAUUUAAGUGAGGACACGAGUUCUAACGUCCCUCAGUUACUCGGAUCUGAUCUCACAUUUCAAAGUGCUCAAACUAUUCCAAUAGCUGGUUCUGCACCUAUCAAUUCUUUUGCUCUCGCGAAGCCAGCUUCACAAUCAUCAAGCACUAGUAAUUUAGACUGGAACAUACAACCAGCAUCUUCUGAAUUUGAAGUUGCAGAUUCUGGCGAUUUUUUGAGUGAGAUUCCUCUUGCUGUGUCUGUACCGGGUUCAGGAUUCCAAGUCGAAUCAUUAACUAGAAAUAGCAUAACAGUGCCCAUUACGGUCAGGGGCUCUAUUUUUCAUCCUUACACAACCAGUUCAAUGAAUUGUGUUAGCUUGAGUGGACCAGUGAAUCCUUCUUUCUUGAAUCAAGUCACGUCACAGAAUCUUAUUCUGAACAGCGGACAAAAUGUUCUUGAAACUUCCCCUUCUGCAGGUAUACUCGAAGGUUCAUUUGGUUUUCAGUUCAACAAUGAUAAUUCCGCGUCAGCACUGUCAGAGUUUUAUGAUUCAGAACAGAAUCUCACUGAUACUGAGGAACAUAAGCUUUUGUUUCAACCACAGUGUUGUGUUGAUGCUGUAGAUUCAAGAACAAGAGAUUCUGUUGCUCAGAAUGAUGAUAGAAUUAUGUCUGGAUUGCAUGACGGUUUUCAUGUUCUGCCGGAACCAUAUUCUCAACCUAUUACUGUAGAUGACAUUAUUCAGGUUGAAGAGGGAAAUGUUGAAGUUGCUGUUCCUCCUGUGGAUGAAGAUAGCGUGAAUAAUGAUUGUAUUCAAAUAGAUAACAUGCCCCAUGAGCAUAAAUUAGAUUUAGCGCCUCAAUCUGAUUUCAAUGAACAUGCAGAAGUAGUUCCCUCUGUUUCUUCUUUAGGAACGUAUUUAUAUGAUGAUGAUCCUGUAGACUUGGACAAAUUUGACAGCAUUGAAAGAUGGAUGAAUAAGGAACUAGGCAGCGACUGUUAUAAUUCUCUUAUAGCUUCAGAUUCAUGUACUUACUGGAAUGCUAUUAAUUCGCAACAUGAUAAGGUAUUUUCCAGCAUGUCUCGACAUAUUCAGUUGGAUGUUGAUUUAGUGGCUCCUUCAUUAUCACAGGUGCAGCUCUUCAGUAUUGAUGACUUCUCUCCUAAUUGGGCUUAUGCUGGGGCUGAAACCAAGGUUCUUAUCUCAGGUGCGUUUCUUGGCGGAAUACAACCUAGUAAUAUAAAGUGGUGUUGCAUGUUUGGGGAAGUUGAGGUUUUAGCUGAAGUGUUGAUGACAAAUGCCAUCCGUUGUCUAGCCCCUCCUCACAGUCCAGGACGGGUGCCCUUUUACAUUACCUGCAGCAAUAGGUUAGCAUGCAGUGAAGUUAGAGAAUUUGAAUAUAGAGAAAAUCCGCCAAACAUGCAACAGAUGUUGAUUGAUGAUGAACCUGUGUCAGAAGAUGAAAUUUUCCUUCAAAUCCAAUUUGCAAAGAUGUUAUCCAUUGGAUCAGACGAGAAAAGACUAUUAUGCUCCAUUAAAAAUUGUGCCAAGUGCAUCAUAACAAAAGUUUUGGCUCAGAUGUUGAUUGAUGAUGAGCCUGGUUGGGAAAAGAUUGAGAAGGAGACCAAAGCAUGUCAAGGAUAUCUCCGGAAUCUUAGAAAUGGGUUGCUUGAGAAGUUACUGAAAGGAAAACUGUAUGAAUGGCUAGUUUGCAAAUUGCAUGAAGAUGACAAAGGACCAAAUAUUCUGGAUGACAAAGGCCAAGGAGCUAUUCAUUUGGCAGCUGCUCUUGGUUAUGAGUGGGCAAUGGCUCCAAUCUUUGCUGCUGGUGUAAAUCCAAAUUUUAGGGAUUUGCAUGGAAGGACUGCUCUUCACUGGGCUGCACACUAUGGAAGGGAACAGACAAUUGUUACCCUUCUAAAGCUCGGUGCUUCCCCUGGAGCCAUUGAAGAUCCGACAUCUAAAUUUCCUGUAGGACAAACAGCUGCUGAUUUAGCUUCAAGCAGGGGGCAUAAAGGAAUUGCUGCGUACUUGGCGGAAGCAGAUUUGACUAGCCAUCUAAACUCAAUGUCCAUAGCAGAAAAUGUGAUGGGUAGUGUUUCUGCAAGUCUUGCUGCAGAAGAAGCUGUUGAAAAUGUAGAAGAAGAAAAUAUAUUUUCUUCUGUUGUUGAAACCGGACAGAUUUCACUGAGAGAAUCGCUUGCCGCUGUUAGGAAUUCUGCUCAAGCUGCAGCACGAAUUUAUGCUGCCUUCAGGGCUCAAUCAUUCCGCCACCGACAGUUGACAAGAAAUACAGAACAUGCUGAUAAUGCUUGUGAAGUUCUGUUGCACUCUUCUCCAAAUAAUAAUGUUCACAAGAUUGGUCGCUUUAAUGAGUAUUUACAUGCUUCUGCUAUUAAAAUACAGCAAAAGUAUCGGGGAUGGAAGAGGCGCAAGGAAUUUCUGAAAAUCCGGAACAGAAUUGUGAAAAUACAGGCACAUGUAAGGGGGCAUCAAGUUCGUAAGCAAUAUAAACAGUUUGUUUGGUCCGUUGGGAUUGUAGAGAAGGCAAUAUUACGCUGGAGGCGUAAACGUUCCGGUCUGCGUGGUUUUCGUGCUGAGAAUGCAAUCCGCGGCGGUGCCGAUCCGGCGGUUGACAAGGUAGAUGAGUAUGAUUUUCUUCAUGUCGGCCGGAAACAGAAAGCUGCUUGUCUUGAGAAAGCCUUACAGAGAGUCAAAUCCAUGGUUCUUUACCCAGAAGCUCGAGAGCAAUAUAGGAGAUUGUUGGCAAGUUCAAGAGAUUCAAAGGCCGGAUCUGUAUAGAGAGCUGACAGUUCAAAAUGAAAACUUUUUGGAGGAAAUUAUUCUCUUGCAUGUUGAGCACUAGCAAAUGGUGGGCCUGCAAAAUUCUUCUUUUUGGCUCACUUAUUUUUUCUUUUUUUUUUUAAGUAAAUAUGGUCGCUUUUUUUAUUUUUUAAAUUUUUUUGUAAAUGGUUUUUUCAAAAAUAAAACAAUCAUGGGGAGAAAAUAAAGGGGGUUGGACCGGCAGCAAACAUUGAUUUAU